UUCAAAAUGAAUCAGUUUGGAAGAUGUCGAAUCGGUUCUGAAAUUUUAGUUCAACAAUGUCAAGUUCAAUAUUAUUUUACUCAUAUGGUCAAUUUACCAUAUGAACUGACUGAAAAUUUACUAGCAUAUGUUUGCUGGUAUCAACCUGCAAGUUCUCCAAAUGUUUAA